AUGAACAGAAAGUUGCUCGACAGAGCGGUCGCGCUCGCGGUGAUCGUACUGUUCUCAUUCAGCAUCUGCAUCCUCAGCUUACCCGUCCGAACCGGCUCUUCUCCACCUCGACCAGCUCGACUGACCGUCUCUUCACCUCUCUCUGUGGACCAGCUGUCGACGGAAGAGCUGUUCAAAGCACUCCUCGUCCACGACUCCCUCCUCCACACCUCCCAAGCCACCACACCUCCCACCACCCCCCACGUCACCGGUCUACUCAGUCCUGGCUCCUCCACCCCCCGGCCCGGAUGGUCGUACUACAAGCUGCCCGCAUUCCUCGACUACCCCAUCCUCUCCCCACGCUCCCACCUCGUCACGUUCGACUCGUCGAAACCCGCGGUACUCCUACCGCUGGAUCCGCACGAAACCUUUUCCUGGAUCAAGUCCUUCACCUUCAACAGAUUCUACUCUCGACUCGACUCGAACCACGCUCUGACGGUCAAGCAGACGGGAUCGGAACCAAGCUGGUUGGAUCGAGUGCAGAGUUCGACCAAAAGAGCGACGCUGCAGCAGGUGGCCAAGGAAGGGUUGAGGGCGAAGAUCAAGGCGGCGGAGUGGGCAGAGUCGAUCAAGAGGGAAGGGGGAAGAGGGGAUGGAUGGUGGGAUGGGGAGAUGGUGGGGAGGUCGUUGGAGAGGACGUGGUCGAUGUGGUUGCGAGGUUUGAGCGAGGCUUCUGGGUACGAUUACAUUCCGGUGGAGCAGAUCACGAGCAAGAUUCAGCGUUAG